AUGCCUUCUGCAGCUGCCAUCCACGCCGCCUGCUUCGCGGUUGGCGCAGUCGUAGGCGGUGGAAUCGCUGCGGCCGUGUCUGCGCGUGGUGUUGGACGACCAAGACCGGCCAGUGUGACUUCCAGCGGCACAGCAGUCAUCCCGGCCGUUGGGCCGCCCAUCGUGGAGGUAGGGCCCACUGGAGAUGCGAAGUUAAUACCGAGCGCCGCGGUCUCGGGCGCGUUGGUGUCACCGGUAUUGAAAUACGGGCAUCCGGGACCGGUACCGGAUCUAUUGGUUCGCAAAGCCUAUACGGUGGCAUACGAUCGAAGAUAUCGCCACCCUGCAUGGCCUCCCUCGGCAAGUCUGCGUUGCUGCCGUCGUCCCCUGUCGGAUGGAAGUGAAAACGGGGACAGGUCGAGGUCGAGCUUCACGGAAGACGACGCGUUGCCUGUUCCCUUCCGCGCCAAGUUGCAGGAUUACUUCCGGAGUGGAUACGACCGAGGUCAUAUGGUCCCCGCUGCAGACGCGAAAAUAUCACAGGAGGCUAUGGACGAGACUUUCCUUAUGUCCAACAUCGCACCUCAAGUCGGUGAUGGGUUCAACAGACACUACUGGGCUUAUGUAGAAGACUGGUGCAGGCGUCUCACGAAUUCCUUCUCUGAUGUCUACGUCUUUACGACUUACGAAGUCAUCGGCUCGCCGCCCAACGUCUCGGUACCGACUCAUUUUGCCAAGGUGGUAUUGGCUUCGAGGCCGUCCUCGCCCAAGACGCCGGACGUGCCGGAAAUCUCGACAGGGGCAUUUAUAUUGCCGAAUGCGAUCAUUCCCGACGAAGCACCUUUUGAGAGUUUCGUGGCUCCGGUCGAAGCCGUUGAACGCGCAGCGGGUCUCACUUUAUUCUCUGAAGCGGUGAAGAACGCGUCGAAGCAUAUUUGUCAGACUACCAAGUGUGAAGUCAUCGUUCGAAGAUUUGACGAGGCUCGCAAACGACCUGAACUCCGGCGAACUGUCUCGGCACCCAAAUAACCCUCUACUUGCUAUUACGAUCUGGGUGUGAAGGAGUAAUAUGGUUGACGCAGUAGUUGGUUAGUGUCAUCUCAAGGUAGUGAAUAUAUACAUUAUUAGAAGUCAGAUAGCAUAUCCUUGAUACCAUUCCAAUACUCGUCGUCUGUGAUCCGCCGUAUUUCACCUUUGGUUAGCCAGGCAAAGUCCUGGUACCGUGACUGCUUGGGUCGAAGCUGGCCAGCGAGAAUGUGGGCUUUGUAAAAGAACACGACGUCCU